AUGGCGGCCAAUAUUGUAUUUGUUGAUGAAGGAACUAUUGAUGAAGUUGUCGGCGGAGAGGAUAGCGAUUUAGAUGAAAAUACGGAUAAUUCUGAAAGCAGUGAAGAAGAAGAUGACAGAAGAGAAGAAGACAGUGAUGGCGAGGCGGACAGCGAAGAAGAAACCGAAGAAGACAACUGGGUCCUUGGCGAUCGCAUCCCGCGAAGGCUUGACUUCACAGCUGAUCGAGGGUUGAAUGUGGAGCUUCCUAACAAUCCAUCAUUCUCUGACUACUUUCAUCUCCUCUUCCCCGAAAACCUAUUCAACGAGAUUGCAUCCCAAACAAAUAAAUAUGCUACGGAAACAAUCGCAUCUUUACAGCGAAGAGGUCGUUUACCUCAGCACUCGAGAUUUAGAAAUUGGCCUGAGGAUGGUGUGACAGCUGGUGAGAUAAAAGCUUUUCUUGCCAUGAUCAUUGCAAUGGGCCUGGUGAAUCAAGAGAAUAUCCAGGAUUACUGGUCCAUCGACGAGGAAGGGUAUGACCCAAUAAAAAAGCUUGGCACUAUAUACAGCGUUGUCACUGGGAAAUUUUCAGAUGUCUGGAAGCCAGGCAAAAAUAUUUGCAUUGAUGAGGGAAUGAUUCCAUUCAGAGGAAAGGUGCAUUUCAAAGUGUAUAAUCCUGACAAGCCAGAUAAGUAUGGUGUUAAGUCAUACCAGUUGUGUGACUCAAGUAAUGGAUAUUGUUGUAGGUUUGAAAUUUACACUGGUGUAAACCCAGAACCACCCAGUGCUAAAGGAAAGACAUAUGACUUAGUCAUGAGGCUCAUGCAACCUUAUUUGAAUGUGGGUAGGUGUUUGUAUGUUGACAACUACUACACAUCACCUACUUUAUUUGCUGAGCUCUAUAGGCAGAACACUGGGGCCUGUGGAACAGCCCGCUACAGGAAAGUUAAAUUUAAGGACCGCAGAGUUUUCCAGAUGCUGUCAUCAGUUCAUUUUGUUGCGGAUGUAGAAGUUGGCCGAAAUCACCCUGGAAUUGGCCGCCCAAUAACUAAACCUGAGAUUGUCCAUGACUACAACAAGUUCAUGGGAGCGGUUGACAGGUGUGAUCAGAUGGUGGCCUAUUCUUGCUUCAGGCGACGCACCAUGAAAUGGUGGAAGAAAGUGUUCUUCCACCUGUUUUCCUUAAGCAUCCUUAAUCCUUACAUCCUGUACAAGCAAAGAACCCGGUCACCUGUGCUGCAAAGGACUUUUAGAAGGGAGCUUGUGAAGGAGCUUGCUAGGAAUUCUGGCAUCUCCCAUUCUCUCACUCCGAGAGGCCGCCCAAGGAGGUCAGCUGAAGGCUUAACCUGUCUUCAAGUUGGAGGUCACUUCCCAGAGAAAAUAAUGGGCACUGGGAAGAAGUCCAAGAUCACACGGGCAUGUGUGGUUUGCUUUCCUGCCCAAAAGAAGAUCCUAAAAAGGGCAGGAGAGAAAAGGAAGAGGCCAGGAAAAGAGUCCAGCUUUCAGUGCAGUGUCUGUAAAGUAGCCCUAUGUAUACAGGACUGCUUCCAGUUGUUCCACACUGUUCAGAACUAUGUUGCUGCCUACAUUCGAAGACACGAUGCCAAUAAUGACAAUGAUGAUGCUGAAACUAACUGA